GUGCGAAGCGCAGGCGCAGUCUGACUUCCGGCUCAGGCGGCGGACCCCAUGGCGAAUUACAAGGUGGGGAGCCCGCGGAGGGGGAAGGAGGGAGGGAGAGAUGGAAGGAGGGGCGGGCAAGGGAGCGCGGGAGCCCCCUCGAGCCCCUGACUCCCUCAUUCUCUCCCUUACAGCCCGCCGACUCCAAGAGGGAGCAGUUCCGCCGCUACCUGGAGAAGUCCGGCGUCAUGGACAGCCUCACCAAAGGUAAGCCGGGCAGGAGGAAGACGAAGAGGAGGAGGAGGGCAGGGACGGAGCUCAAUAGGCAGAGCGCCUGCCUGGCAUGCAGAAGGUCCCAGCUCCAGUCUUGCCUGAAACGCUGGAGAGCUGCCACUGCCAGUCUGUGCUGACUAUGCUGUGCUAGACGGACGAGUGGUCUAGCUCAGUAUAAGGCAGCUGUUGCCUAUGUUCCCAGGGGGCAGAGAGAGCCACUCAGCCUCCUCUCUCCUUUCCUCCCUCUCUCUCUUUUCUCCUCCCGCAGUCCUGGUGGCCUUAUACGAAGAACCGGAGAAACCCAGCUGUGCCUUGGAGUAUCCUUCACUUGCCUGGCCUACUUGAUGGGGAUGAGAAUAAUGGGGGGGGGGAGCCCUGCCGAGCUAGGGAAAUGGAUUCCCACAGUAGCUGAGUACAGCCCUGAGCUAGCCCUGAGUCCCUGGUUCUCCUAUAGGAUAAAGUGCUGUGGCCCCAAUUACGAGGCUCACUAAAGGGCUCCUUUCAGCUCAGCAUGACUCACUAUUUUCAGGAGUAAACCUGACUUUGGUGGGCUGUAAUCCUAAAAACAAAAGUAGAUGUGCCGACAGAUGGCAGCACCUGAGUUAACUGGCAUAGUUUAGAAUUUGGUGAGUAGCACAGCCUGCAGCUCAUCAGUUGCACAGUGAAGUAUCAUCCAAGCAAGCAAAUAACUUAACUUUUGGUUAAAAGCUUUAUGAAACAUCAUUUAGGAGCUACUGCUCCAGAAAAUCCUGAAGUGGAAGCCCUUCGCUUGGAAGUGGCAGAGAUGAAAGAGAAGUAUGAAGCCAUGUUGGAAGAAAAUAAGAAACUAAAAGCAAAGGUAAAGCGUUCAGUGUUUAUGGAGUGCAAAGCUCAUCCAGGCAGUUUCCUGCUGCUGACCCAGGGCCACCUCACCCAUGAGGCAAGGUGAAGUGACCACCUCAGGCAGCAGGACCCACAGGGGCAGAUCCAGCCUCCAGGGAAGGCAUUGUUUGUUGCUGCCGCCACCACCAUCACUGUGAGAGCAUUAACAGCUGCUCCAUGCUCCUUGGAGGCUGGAUCUAUUGUCUUCUUGGCAGCCCUCCCCAGUGCCACCUCUGCAGCAGCUUCUUGGCAAAUAAGAGGUGCUGCUGGUUUUCUUCCACCCUUGUUCCCAAUGUACAUCUUUAUUGUCCCCUUAUUCACAAUGUAAUCUUUAUUGUCAUCUUGUUGAAAUUCUAGCAACUGAUACAAAAGUCAAUCAGAUCUAUACUUUUAAAAUCACAAUUUCUUUAUAAAGGUAGCUUAGUAACUUGUUUGGCAAGCAAGCCAAAGGACUAUUAUGCACUGCUAAUGUAUUCACACUAACAAGAGUGUCAACCCAUAGCAUACUUUUUUGACACAACAAAAAUGAUCUGAGACUUAAUCAGGAUUUUUCUCUUUGCAGCUCGCUCAGUAUGAACCACCUCAAGAAGAGAAGCGUGGGGAAUAAGAUCCUUUUGUAUUACUUGAAUAAAAGACCCUGAAGCACACAAAUCUAGUGUUCCUGACUCUUGCAGUAAUAAGUCUCCUUCAUAUGCUUUUGUCAACAUGGUGUCUAUUAUCUUUCAAUACCUUGUCUUGAAAAAAUAGAGAACAUUAAAUAGAAAAGCAC